AUGGGUAGCAUGACUUUGGUAGCAGCGUUAUUUUUGUGCCUCUUCGCCGGGGCGUUGGUAGUUCAGGCCGAGGACCCUUACCUCUUCUUCGAGUGGAAUGUCACAUAUGGAACCAUCGCCCCUCUGGGAGUCCCCCAACAAGCCAUCCUCAUCAAUGGAGAGUUCCCCGGGCCUAAGAUCAAUUGCUCGUCCAACAACAACAUCGUGGUGAACGUUUUCAACAAUCUCGAUGAGCCUUUCCUCCUUACCUGGGCUGGCAUCCAGCAAAGAAAGAACUCAUGGCAGGAUGGUACCCCCGGAACAAUGUGCCCGAUUCAGCCGGGGACAAAUUACACCUAUCGUUUCCAAAUCAAGGACCAGAUUGGAAGCUAUUUCUACUACCCCACCACGGCCAUGCACAGGGCAUCUGGUGGUAUUGGUGGCAUCCGUGUUAACAGCCGGUUACUCAUCCCUGUACCUUUCGACGAGCCGGCAGAUGACUACACUGUCAUUAUGGGAGACUGGUACAACAAGGGCCACAAGGCCUUAAAGAAGCUCGUGGACAGUGGUCGAUCCAUUGGCAGGCCUGAUGGCAUCCAGAUCAAUGGCAAAUCUGGCAAAGUUGGUGACCAGGGCGAGCCCCUUUUCACGAUGGAGCCGGGGAAGACCUACAGAUACAGAUUCUGCAAUGUAGGGAUGAAGACAUCCCUCAACUUCAAACUCCAAGGCCACACCAUGAAGCUUGUAGAGUUGGAAGGUUCUCACACAGUUCAGAAUUUAUACGACUCCCUUGACUUGCACGUAGGGCAGUGCCUCUCCGUUCUAGUUACUGCCAAAAAAGAGGCCAAGGAGUAUUACUUCGUGGCCUCUAGUAGGUUCACCAAGAAACCAAUGACAUCCGUGGCCAUAAUCAGCUACACCAAUGGCAAGGGCCCAGCAUCUCCUGAGCUCCCAGCUCCCCCACCGGAGAAUUCCCAGGGCAUCGCUUGGUCCCUUAAUCAGUUUCGUUCGUUCCGUUGGAAUCUCACCGCCAGCGCUGCUCGCCCCAACCCUCAGGGCUCUUACCAUUACGGAAAGAUUAACAUCACCCGAACCAUCAAGAUCGUUAACUCGAGGAACAAUGUCAAUGAUAAACUUCGGUACGCCAUCAAUGGAGUCUCGCAUGUGGAUCCCAACACCCCAUUAAAGCUUGCAGAGUACUUUGGAGUAGCCGAAAAGGUGUUUAAGUAUGACACCAUUGUUGACGAGCCCACCGCUGAGAGCGAGAAGAUGAUCACAUUGGCCACUAAUGUUGUCAACGCCACCUUCCGUAACUUUGUUGAGAUAAUCUUCGAGAACCACGAGAAAACCAUCCAGACAUGGCACCUCGAUGGGUAUUCCUUCUUUGCUGUGGGGAUCGAACCCGGGAAGUGGAACCCGGAUAAAAGGAACAACUACAACCUUCUUGACGCCGUGAGUAGGCAUACCAUCCAAGUUUACCCUAAUUCAUGGGCAGCCAUCAUGACAACGCUAGACAAUGCUGGGAUGUGGAACUUGAGGUCGGAGAUGGGAGAGAGGUUCUACCUCGGACAACAGCUCUAUGUCAGUGUUCUCUCUCCUGCCCGUUCCCUGAGGGAUGAGUACAACAUUCCAGACAACACCCCACUGUGUGGCAUUGUGAAGGGAAUGCCCCUGCUUCAUCCUUACACCAUUUAG